AUGCCGAUCAGCACUUUGAACAUUACCGCGGCAAAGAAGUCUAUUCUCUUCGCAACCUCGAGCCCACAAGGAGCGAGCAUGGCGGAGCCCAAUGAAGCACCUAUCGAUUGGAACUGGCUUGGCUGUGAGUGUGAGGAGAUGAGGAAGUCCAUGGGCUCGCUAUCAAGCUUUAGCGGCGGUGAGCAGCAGCCAGCACUCGCUAGCGUGCACGACGACGAUGACAGCGAGGAUGAUGAGAUGGUGGUCGCGGCGGUAUCAUUUCUGAGCGCCAGCAGCCGGGGCAUAGGGCUUCCUCCGCGCUGGCAUCGUGGCUCCACACAUGGCCGGAGAGUGAACAAGCGGUGCGGCUUUGACUGGGGCAUGGAACGAAUAGUCGAUGACUAUUUCGCAGAAGAUUGCGUAUACAGUGUCGACGACUUCGAAAGAAGGUUUAGGGUCCCAAGGCAGGUGUUUGAAAGGGUGAGGUAUGCCCUUGAGGGGAGCGGCGUGUUCGUGCGGCGCGUCGAUGCCUUAGGGGUCCCCGGUAUUCACCCGCUGCAGAGAAUCGUGGCGGCAAUGCGCAUGUUGUCGACAGGCGUAGGCGGUGAUGUCGUGGAUGAGUACUGCCGGGUGUCCAAAACCAGCGCUCUGAUUUUGCUUAAGGAGUUCUCGAAAAGCGUUGUGGCCGCGUUUGGGGGCGAGUACCUUAGGGCUCCGACUGAGUCAGAUCUAAGGCGCAUCAUGGCCAUCAACGCUGCUCGCGGAUUUCCGGGCUGCAUCGGCUCGAUCGACUGCCAGCAUUAUAGGUGGAGGAGCUGCCCGAAAGCUUGGGCCGGGCAGUUUCAAGGGAAAGAGAAGAGCCCUACGCUGGUAUUAGAGGCAAUUGCGGACGCGGAGCUAUGGUUUUGGCAUGUAUUCUUUGGCAUGCCAGGGUCGUGCAAUGACAUCAAUGUCCUCGACUCCUCGGAGACACUUUCGGGCAUCAUGAAGGGGAUGUUUCCGCCGAAGAUUGGCUACAAAGUUGGGAGCGAGGCGAUGAGCUUCCCGUACUACCUGGCGGACGGCAUAUACCCCAAUUGGCGCAUCUUCAUCAAGACGUUCAAAAGCCCACAAUCUGCAGAAGAGUCUGCAUUCGCCCAGGCGCAAGAGGCUGUGCGCAAGGAUGUUGAGCGCGCGUUUGGUGUGCUCGUGCAGCGGUUUCAAAUAGUCGCGAAGCCCAUCAACUUGUGGUACCGAGAUGACAUUGCGGCCGUUGUGAAAUGCUGCGUCAUUUUGCACAACAUGACCGUAGAGGCCCGGCGGGACAGCUACGAGUCGGGAAUGAUAUUUCGGUGGCAAUCACAGCAAGCGCUUGAAACCUCUGGCGAACUGCCUGAUGGGAUGUGGGCGGCGCAAGUUCUGAGCCGCGAGGAGGAGGUGACGUGCUCUGCUGCGCACAGGGAGCUGACCUGGAAGCUCAUAAGGCACAUUUGGGAUGGCGAGGGCCGUCGCUCGUAG